AUGACGCGGCACUAUAGCCUUAAAUUCUCGUCUUUAACGUGUUUGGCUCUUGUGCUUUAUGAAGGAAGAAGGAAAGGAACACUCAUUACCAGGUUUGAAUACAUCGAGGUGAAUAAACAGUCCUGGACCUUUCCCAUCGUAGCUAAGACACCACCUUACUGUAUGAGGUGCAUCACAGACUGCUGGGAUCAGGACGAUCAGACGGGAAUCUACAGCUGCCCUCAGUGCAGACAAACCUUCAGCCCUCGGCCUGUUCUAGGGAAGAAUGUGGUGGUUGCUGAGAUGGUGGAGAAGCUGAAGAAGACGAGACUUUCUGGUGUGUGUUACGCUGGAGCUGGAGAUGUGGAGUGUGACGUCUGUACUGGAAGAAAACACAAAGCCAUCAAAUCCUGUCUGACGUGUCUCAAGUCUUACUGUCAAACUCAUCUCCAGCAACACGAGAAUCUCUUCAGAGGGAAGCUGAUGGAGGGCGCUGGACGACUGCAGGAGAUGAUCUGCUCUCGACAUGAUAAAGUGACGGAGAUCUACUGUCGCACUGAUCAGAGAUGUAUCUGUGUGUUGUGUUUGGUGGAUGAACACAGAAAUCAUGACACUGUAUCAACGGCUGCAGCGAGAACAGAGAAACAGGAGACGGCUGCAGUGAGUCGAGCUGAAGGACGUGUGGAGCGACUCAAGCAGGAGAUUGAAGAUCUGAAGAGAAGAAACACUGAGCUGGAGAAGCUUUCACAAACACAAGAUCACAUCCAGUUUCUCCAGAGUUUCCAGUGUCUCUCUGUCUCUGGAUCAGCAGAAAACAUCAGCAUCACUUCUGACGUCUCUUUUGAUGAUGAUGUUGUGAAAUCUGUGUCUCAAUUCAGAGAGAAACUGCAGCGUUUCUGCAGAGAAGAGAUCCGCAAGAUUUCUGUGACAAGCAUCCAGGUGCCUGAACCCAGAAGCAGGAGGGAAUUUCUACAAUAUUUCCGUCCGUUCACACUGGAUCCAAACACAGUGAAUCACAGACUCACUCUGUCUGAAGGGAACCAAGUGGCUACAUACAUUCUCCCAGCCCUGCAGUAUCCGGAUCAUCCAGACAGAUUUGACGAUUGGUCUGAGGUCAUGUGUAGAGACGGUGUGAGUGGACGCUGUUACUGGGAGGUGGAGUGGACUGGGAGGGGACGGUUGGGUGUUGAUGUAGCGGUGGCUUAUAGGAGCAUGGGUAGGAAGGGAGUCGGUCUGGAGUGUGCAGCCGGACGCAACGAUCAGUCCUGGAGUUUGUUCUGUUGUCCAAAUCAUUAUUCAUUCAUUCAUAAUAACUCCGAGAUGAUUGUUCCUCUUGACCCGAGCAGUUCUCGAGUAGGAGUGUAUGUGGAUCACAGUGCAGGACUUCUGUCCUUCUACAGCGUCUCAAACGACACGACGAGUCUCAUCCACAGAGUUCACACCACAUUCACUCAACCCCUCUGUCCUAUGUUUGGACUGGACGAACACUCGGCAUUCAGACUCGCUCAUCUAUAAAUGAUAAGCAUGGUAAAUUAAUAUUCCAUCGCAGUUUAUUCUCUCAUUAAAGCAUCUAGGAAUGUCAGGUGUAGUAAUUAAACUCUGAUAAAUCAUCGCUUAUAGAGUUCCCUUUACGCCGGAUGCAAUGAGCCUCAUUUAUAAAGGUGUGUACGCACAGGUUUGCUCGUAAAGCGUGCGUACGCAAAAAUCCCACGGUUUUUACAUUCCAUUGGACUCUGUAUAUAAAACCCUUUUUGUGUUCGAAAAAUAGUCCAAAAUGUACACAACGUAAAGAACAAAAAACAUAAUGUAAAUAAGUUGUCAGAGAAUCAGAAUAUGUGAAUAACUCAAUUUUGACUGAAAUGUCAGAUUGAAGCUUAGACAAAAAUACCAAUGUGUGUGAUUUAUGAAAAUCAUAUUCAUUCAUUUUUUAUGUACAUCAUCAACCAGUGUAAAAGGUGCAUGAUUGUUUUUCAUGACUUGUUGUCUGUUUAAUUGCUGUACUGUAUACAUGAAACACGUGACAUUAUGGCCAAUAUAAACACGUUAAGAUUCAGUAUUGUGUCAGCUUGAUUUCUGUCAUCAGCUCAGUUUACGAGAAUAAAAACUGCUGUCAGAUCUGAUCCAACCACAUUCUUCUGUUGCUCAAGAACUCUUUCAGAAAGUUCAAUGAUUUAUUCUCUUCCACAUCACAGCUUCACAUAUUUCACAUGACUGAACUGUUUCGUG